GCAAGCGAGGCGACGGCACGAAGUUUCGAACGCCCGCCACUCGUGGUCCCUCGGUCGGCCGCUCUGGUCGAAGUGAUUAGUAGUAGGACGAGCGUUGCCGACUCAGUACCUCAAGCGACGCACGACUAAUCACUUCCACCAUGGUGUCCCGGACGCUCCUCGCCGCCCUGGCCGUCGCGGCCUUCCUGGCGACGAUCCCCGCCUCCUCGGCCGACUGCAUGUCGUCGUGCCAGUCGGCGCAGACGCCGUGCACCGUCAACUGCGGCACCGACGAGGACUGCGCCGUUAAGUGCGCCAGGACGGCCAUCAAGUGCAUCUGCGACUGCAAGCCCGCCAUGACCCGCACGGCGCCCACCUCGACCUCCGCGGCCGAGGCCAGGGACGCCAUCCUGCGGCUCUCUGGCACCAAGUCGGCCAUCACGGACCUGACCAAGUGCAUGAACGACGCCACGGCCGACAGCCCUUCCUGCCUCUUCCAUUGCGGCACCGACGUGUCGUGCAUCCAGAACUGCACGAACAAGAUGCUGGACAGGAUGUGCACGUGCGGGGCGGCCUCGCUGCAGGCCGGUAUCCUGGUGACCCUGGUCGCGCUGCUGUCGUGGUUCGCACAGCACUAGAAGUAUUUCUGCACGUUGGACUUAAGUUUUCAGAAUAAAAGACAUGUUUUUUUUUCGCAAAA